GUCGAAACUAGGAAGAAACUUGGGAGCUGCCCAGGCGCCCCUGGCUUGCCCGUCGCCGCUGCCCGAGUGCCCCGUGGCCCCGGGGCCGCGCCGAGCUGCCGGGAGCCGUGGCCAUGGGGCGGGCCGGGGUUUCCUCCGCGUGAGGCUUGCGGGGCCUCCCCGGGGGCCGGCGGGGGGUGUCGGGGCCGGACGCCGCCGCCGCCGCCGCCGCCGCCGCCGCGGGCCCCGGCCCUCGGCAUCAUGAACAUAGACGUGGAGUUCCACAUCCGCCACAACUACCCGUGGAGCAAGUUGCCGGCCAACGUGCGGCAGAGUCUUGGAAAUUCACAGAGAGAAUAUGAAAAGCAGGUUGUCCUGUAUAGUAUCCGCAAUCAAUUACGAUAUAGGAAUAACUUAGUUAAACAUGUCAAGAAAGAUGAACGCAAAUACUAUGAGGAAUUACUAAAGUAUAGUCGAGAUCAUCUCAUGCUGUACCCAUAUCAUUUAUCAGACAUUAUGGUAAAGGGCCUGAGGAUAACACCAUUUUCUUAUUAUACUGGGAUUAUGGAGGACAUUAUGAACAGUGAGAAAAGUUAUGAUUCAUUGCCCAAUUUUACUGCAGCUGACUGUCUGAGGCUUCUUGGCAUAGGAAGAAAUCAGUACAUUGAUCUGAUGAAUCAGUGUAGAUCAUCUAAAAAAUUUUUCAGAAGGAAAACAGCCCGGGAUCUUCUUCCAGUAAAACCAGUGGAAAUUGCCAUAGAGGCAUGGUGGGUGGUACAGUCUGGAUAUAUCACAGAAGAUGAUAUAAAGAUAUGUACUUUGCCUGAGAAAUGUGCUAUCGAUAAGAUCAUCGACUCUGGCCCCCAGCUCGCUGGAUCACUAGAUUACAAUAUAGUACAUAGUUUGUAUAACAAAGGCUUUAUCUACCUGGAUGUGCCCAUAUCCGAUGACAGCUGUAUUGCAGUUCCUCCUCUCGAAGGCUUUGUAAUGAAUCGAGUGCAAGGUGAUUAUUUUGAAACUCUCCUCUAUAAGAUCUUUGUUUCAAUAGAUGAACACACUAAUGUGGCAGAGCUUGCCAAUGUCCUUGAAAUAGACUUAUCGCUGGUUAAGAACGCUGUUUCAAUGUAUUGCCGACUGGGCUUUGCCCAUAAGAAGGGACAAGUAAUAAAUGUGGACCAACUUCAUUCAUCGUGGAGGAAUGUUCCAUCUGUAAACAGAUUAAAAAGUACUUUGGACCCACAGAAGAUGUUGCUCUCGUGGGAUGGCGGGGAGAGUAGAAGCCCUGUACAAGAAGUUUCAUCAGCUACUGACACUGAUACAAAUAGUCAGGAAGAUCCAGCUGACACAGCCAGUAUAAGCAGUUUGAGUUUGUCUACGGGCUAUACAAAGCGUAUUGCAUUUCUAUUUGAUUCAACUCUUACUGCCUUUUUAAUGAUGGGAAACCUUUCACCAAACUUGAAAAGUCAUGCGGUCACGAUGUUCGAAGUUGGCAAACUCUCAGACGAGUCUUUGGAUAGCUUUCUUGUAGAACUGGAAAAGGUUCAGAGUACUGGAGAAGGAGAAGCCCAGAGAUAUUUCGAUCAUGCCCUUACUUUGAGAAACACAAUACUGUUUCUGCGUCAUAAUAAAGAUCUAGUUGCACAAACUGCACAGCCAGACCAACCUAAUUAUGGUUUUCCUCUGGAUCUUUUACGAUGUGAAAGCCUUUUGGGUUUGGACCCUGCAACUUGUAGUCGAGUUCUGAACAAAAACUACACACUGCUUGUUUCCAUGGCUCCUCUUACCAAUGAAAUCCGGCCCGUCAGCAGCUGCACCCCUCAGCAUAUUGGACCAGCUAUCCCAGAAGUCAGUUCUGUCUGGUUUAAACUGUAUAUUUACCAUAUUACUGGGCAAGGACCACCAUCUCUUUUGCUGUCCAAAGGUACAAGACUCCGAAAACUGCCAGAUAUAUUUCAGGGUUAUGACCGCUUACUAAUAACAUCUUGGGGCCAUGAUCCUGGGGUAGUUCCCACAUCAAAUGUACUCACAAUGUUGAACGAUGCUUUAACACACUCUGCAGUUUUGAUUCAGGGACAUGGUUUGCAUGGGAUAGGAGAAACUGUCCACAUACCGUUUCCAUUUGAUGAAACAGAACUACAAGGAGAGUUUACUCGUGUCAAUAUGGGUGUCCACAAGGCAUUGCAAUUAUUACGGAGCAAAGUGGACUUACAGCACUUUUGUGGAUAUGUGACCAUGUUGAAUGCUUCUAGCCAGCUUGCGAACAGAAAACUCAGCGAUGCUUCUGAUGAGAGAGGAGAACAUGAUUUGGCUUCUGGCUCAGAUGUAAAUGGCAGUACAGAGUCAUUUGAAAUGGUCAUUGAGGAAGUAACUGUAGAUUCAACCGCAAAGCAAAAUUCGGUUGCUACAACAGAAGCCGAUUGGGUUCCUCUGGAGCUGUGCUUUGGAAUUCCACUGUUCAGCUCUGACUUAAACCGAAAAGUGUGUAGAAAAAUUGCUACACAUGGCCUUUGCAGAAAAGAGAGCCUUCAAGACCUUUUACAUUCCAGUAGAAAACUCUCCCUACAAGUCCUUAACUUUGUUCACUCAUUCCAGGAAGGUGCUUCCCCAUUGGAUCUUCACACAGAGGCCAGCUUCUCAAGUUUGCUUUCCCAGUCGUCCUCCUCUGCCGAUCUGGGGGUUCCUCUGCCUGCAAAGAACUUGAUAUUUAAAGAUGGCAUCUUAUCAGAAUGGAGUGGACGGUCACCCUCCUCACUUUUUGUCGCUAAUCUCCAUUUGCAAUAAUUCGGUUUCGCCAUUCAUUGCCCACACUUUAUGCCUUUGUUCCUUUUAACAUUAGCUUUAUAGUGGCAGCCACCAAGAGGCGCCCUGCUGCUGCCAAGUGGGUCCUGCGUGACUGGUGCGACAUGCUGGGGGGAGGGGGCAAGUGCUUCUGACCGCGCCCUGUUCCUGCACUUCCAAAUGCAACAGAGCUUCUCAGCAGCUUGCACUGUAUUUUUUACCUGGAGACAAUCUGCAUUUCUUUUUUAAAACUAACAAUAUACUUUAUAGGCUUUAUGAUGACUGUUAAGUUUAUCAACAGUCACUCUGAAUAUUGCAGUGGUAAUUUUAUAUGUUAGUUUAUCAAACAUAAAUCUUGUUUAAUUUUAUAUUUUGUUACUUAACUCUUUGGGGGGGAUCCUGGGGGAGAGGUGGACCUCUUCCUCUGAAAAGGUUUCUUGGUACGUAACGUGAAACUCUUUAACAGUGAACAUCCAGGAUCGAGAGAUGAUCCGUGGGGCAUUAAGAAUUUCUCUGGAUGUCUGUAAAUUAUGUAUAUCAGCUGAGCAUUGUUGGAGGUAUGUAAAUCAGCAUAGCUGUGUAUAGUUUAGCCUUGAUUUUAAGGUCUUAACUCAGAAUAUGAUUCUACAUUGACAUCUCAUGAAAAGCUUUGGAAAACAUUCUAUUUUUUAAAUAAUGUUUAUAUGUGGACUUCUUUUACCAUUCUCUUUGGGCUUUAUAUUUUCAGAGUCUCUAUGGAAAAAAACAAAAUUUAUUUUCCACUCAUAACUGUGCCUGCUGUGCAUUUCACCCAGACUCACUUUUUGUUUUGUAGCUUUACCAGUGAAUUGUUCAGAGAUUGAAUUUUAUGUUUUCAAACCAAGGAUUGUGAUUUUUAGGUUAUGAUUAGAUAUUAGCGGCAUUAAGUCUGUAUCUUCUGAUCAAAACUCUUAAUUAUAAACCUCUUUGAAGACCUCAUUACUCAAUAUGGGUUUUAAAUUCAUGUGAAUAGUUUUGGGAGGAAAUGAUAAAAUAUUAUUUUCACAUGUUUCUUGAGUCAUUGAUUCUUUUAGUAUCUCAAGUACUAGAAUAAUUGGAAUCAUUUUUUAGAUUUUUCAAUUUACCUUCCUUGGGAAGUUUGUGCAGUGUUAGCUUUUCUCAUAGGAUAAUAUGGUUUGUUAGUUUAAAACUGUAACCAAAUGAUCCAGUCAAACAUGUAUUUAAGACUUUAGAACUAAAUUAACCUAAACAUCUUUGCUGAUAACUUUUGUUCUUUAUAGAACUAAUGUUUGUGUACUUAGCAUACUUCUGGAAAUAUAUAUGCCUUUCUUAAAGCGGUUAAAAGAACCAUGCACUCAAUACCAUGGCUUCCCUGUAGAAUUGAAAUUUUGGGGACAGGUUACUUGUGGCACGUUCAGUGCUGUGUUUGCGGUAAAUGCGGUAACACUUAAGUUUUCUACUUUGGCUCAUAUGAAGUAGAUACCAAGUGUUUAUUAUGUGUUUGUCUGUAAAACAAAAAAAUACCAAUAGUAAAAUAAUUUCUUAUGACUGUGAAUCACCCAUUUAUUUUUCCAAUUAUUGAUAUUGUACAUUCCCAGUGCAAUUGAUUAGGUAUGUAUGUAGCUUCUACAGUUUUCAACCAAAAUUUUUAACUUUCAUUAAUUCAAUCAGGGCUCUUUAAUCUCAUCUUUAUUUGCUUUGUUUGAGUUAACUGUAUUAUUCCUCUGUUAGUAGUUGAAAACAUACUGUAAUAACAUGUACACUAAUAAAGAAUUGAAUAUUUUUAGUCGUUUGCAGUGAACCCCAGUGGCGAAUUUAGGGCGUGAAAUGUGGGAGUGAUUUGCUGCUCUUUUUCUCUUCAGAGAUAAGAAGAGAGAGAUAAAACCCAGUAAUGAUCAUGAAUUUUGGGGAAAGUUACUGAAAAAACAUUAGGUCAUAUCUGGUUUCUCUAAUGACUAAGGAAAGACUGAUUCCUAGCUAAAAAGCCUCUCUCUUAAGUAGAGAAAGUCUGCUUUUUAUUUCGAGCUGAUAUGAAAGCUGCUUUUGUGCUUUGCCUGUGAAUUUGGCUGUUUCAUUCAGAUGUUAACUCACAUUAGGCCCUCUCUCCUAAAUCUUAAAUGUUGAUCCAGUUCACAAAAGGUAAAUUUAAAAUACAGUCUUUAUUAUUUACCAAAGAUGUAUGAAAAUGUGUUAUCAAUUCUUUGUGUGUGUGCAAAUGUUUAAAGUAUUUUCAUUAUACUUUGGGCUGCCUUUCCACUCCCCCAACCCCCACCUGAUAUUCUCUAGUGUAGCUUAAACCACAGCAAAUAUUUUUUAGAAACCAAGAGAAAAAAAGAUAUCAAAAAGGGCAUAGAAUUUAAUAUGGUACAGUUUCACCAUUCAGGCGGUCAAAAGACCUGCAAGUUUAAGUCAUUAAAGAAUAAUGCUCAUCUGAUUUUGUUUUAAAAUAUGUAAUCAGAUGAUUUGGAGGGUUUUUGGGGGGUGGGUGUGGAUUCUUUUAUUUGAUGUUUUUAGUUUUCUCUGCCACAUAUUCAUGUUUCUCUUUUCAGUGUUUCAAAAUACAGUUUGUAUUGAGAGAUUUUAACGUAUCAAAACUGUAACCGAGUACAGUGGGUUGUUUUCUGUAUGAUGUUAAUAGUAUACAAUGAUAUGUAUAAAGUGUUGUCAAUUUGAUUGUUGACACAUAUACUAUGUUUACAAUAAACUGUGUUGUUGAUCAAUA